GGGUGCCGUGCGUGCGCAGCGGGGGGCGGGGCGCCACUGACCCCGCCCCCUCGGGCGCCAAUCCGCGGCGGCGUGGAGGGGCGGCCGGGCCCCUGGCCUCUAUUUACUCUUUCAAUCAGUGCGAGUGUUUGCCCCUGGCCGGCGUGCACGCGCGGGUGAUGCGCUAGCCAUGAUUUCGCAGAAGCUGUCGUACGGCGACGUGCCGACGUCCGCGGCGCUGAGUUCGCUGUCGCCGGGCCUCGCGCCGCCCUACGUGAACAGCAUGGGCUGCAUGCCAGCCCAGCCCUACCCGAACCUGUACUCCAACAACAUGGUGGCCGGCGGCUCCUGCAUGGGCUCCCCGGGCGUGGGCUACUCGCCGCCCAGCACCAUGGCGUCCUGCAUGGGCGGCGCCGGCGGCGUGCCUUACGGGUCCCUGCCGAGAGAACAGGAGGCCGCCUCGCCGACCUCGGCGCUCCAGCGAGCGCGGAACGACAAAACCUACCGCCGCUCCUACACGCACGCGAAACCGCCCUACUCCUACAUCUCGCUCAUCACUAUGGCCAUCCAGAACAACCCCACGCGAAUGCUGACGCUCUCGGAAAUCUACCAGUUCAUCAUGGAUUUAUUCCCGUUCUACAGACAAAACCAGCAGCGUUGGCAGAACUCCAUCCGGCAUUCGCUGUCGUUCAACGACUGCUUCGUGAAAGUUCCGCGGACGCCCGACAAGCCCGGGAAAGGGUCGUUCUGGACGCUGCAUCCGGACAGCGGGAACAUGUUUGAGAACGGAUGUUUCCUCCGUCGUCAAAAGCGAUUUAAAGAUGAAAAGAAGGAGGUAAUUAGACAAGCGCAGAAAGCGACGCACGGGCACGGACAUCACGGAGGGCACGAGAAGAGAGAUCACCAUGAUAAGGGCGGGGAGCUCCGCGCGGCCGGCGGCGGCGUCGGCGACGACAAAGAGAUGCGCGACGAGUUGCUCGCUCAGCUCCACGCCGCGCCCGAGCUGUGCCUCCCCGAGCACACGCCGCUCGCGCUGGAGCACUAUGCACAGCUGAAGCAGGAGCCGCCCGGGUACGCGCCCGCGCCGCACCCCUUCAGCAUAACGCGGCUGCUGCCCGGCGCCGACACCAAGUCCGACCUGAAGAUGUACGACGUCAACUACGGGUACGGACACUCGGCGGAGAACUACUACCAGUCGUCGCUGUACCACCACCAUCACGCACACGCGCAGCCGCCCUUGUGACAGUACCCGCUGGCGUAGGCCCGCCUCGGCCCCUGGCCUGGCACCGACGCCGCGCUCUAACCGCGCAAGUAAGUCAACGGACUCUGCACUAAAAUCUCAUUAAAUUAUUGAUAUUGGACUCCUGAGUGAGCGUGAUUUGUGUUCUGGUGAUAUUCUAAGACGGUUUGUGUAAAUACGCUAUUUUGUCCAAGCCUAAUUAAGUAUCGUUAUAGAAGCGUCGCGUUGUCGCGUUAGGCCUAAUUAUGGAACUUGCGAAAGUGUCCUUUAAAGUCCUUCUGAGCGUCUCCGUCGGCUCUUUUGAAUCAAAUAUCAAUAUAAAUAAAAUGAGUGAUCGUUGAGCUUUUUGUUCUGUAACUGAAAUACGUUGAAAUAGAGCUAAUCAGUUGCAUUAGACGAUCGAUACGACGUACGUUAUCUGCAAAGCUGUAUCAGUCGCCCGUGCGUGGCCGUAGUACUCGUUGAACUCUUUUGUAUGUAUAGGUAAACUCAAGUACGUUGUAGUAAAUAAUUAUCAUUUAAUUUAAAUUUAAAUGCCAGAAAAAAACAUUUUUACCCAAUCUUUCCCAAUCUCAUCAAGUACGUGACAUUGAAACAUCUCAAUUUUAUUAAAAUUAACAUCAAAUGCCAUAUAAAACUAUAAUAUCUCGUUUUUAAAUUUUGUUGUGUGCAUUUUUAAUGCUCCGUAAAAAACUUUGUUUACGGAGCAUUUACGGGAUGACAUCGGUCUUGCAAACCAGUUACCUAAAUGUGUUUUUUAUUGUUUAAACGUCCGAUUUAUAUAAAACAAAAGUUUUAUAAUGUCACAUUAAGGAACUUAUUCAUUUUAGUAAGUUGGUAUUUUGUCUAGAAUUCUCCUAGAAAUCGAUUUUCGCUCAAGUCAGCUCGGAUAUGGGUAAAUAUGGUAUCUGAAUGGAUUAUUCGAAAUACAUACCAAGUUACUGUGAAUAUCCUCUAUAUAAUGUUCAAUAAUACCUAUAAUUAACCAGAAAUAUUAAUAAAUAAGAGAAACAUCAAUUUGAAUAACAGUAUAAUUUUCUGUUAGGAAACUACUAAAAUACUAUUUUUUUUUUACUAAAACACCGUUUGAGGUAUUAAAUGAAAGCGUUUUGUGAGUAGAUUACAAAUAUAUAAUAUACUAUAACAUUUCCACUACUUGGGCGAUUUAAAAAAAUUGGCGUUUUCUAAAAAUUUGUUAAACCAAGUAUUGAAAAUAUAUUUGAUAUUUGUUAUCUACUAACAAAGCACUUUCUUUUCAAUACCCCACAUGGUAUGUUUUCAGAAAAACAAAAGUAUUUUAGUAGUCUACAGUAACAGAAAAUUAAUUUGUUAUUUAACUUGAUGUACUUUUCUUAUUUUUGGAUAUAUCUGGUCAAUUAUUUUUAGACAUUACUUAAAUAGAGAAUAUUCACAGUCAUUUUCAAUUUAGAGCAGUUAAAAGUCAACUCUGGGUUGUUAAACUUUUGAACGUUUACUAAUAAUUUGUUAGAGCAAGUAGUGUAGUUCCUACCCCCACCAAUUUCGCGCUUGUCAUCUCAUAUAUUUGUGUUCAGGGCAUCAUACCGAAUGCAUUGAUACCAUAUUUACCCAUAUCCGAGAUGACAUGAAAGAAAAGUAACCUAAAACCUGUUCCGCCGCCCUACUAUUUAUAGAAUACACAAAUACAUAUAAAGUUAAACUACCUAUCUAAAUUGCUGGAGUUAAGUAAAAAUAUCUUCAAUUAAAACAUUUUUAUUAAAAUUAACAUCGUGGAGGUAGGCUUAGUUCUACAUGUAAUAAUAAUAUCUGGCCGGAAAAUCUUAAACAUACCAUAUACCUAGUUUAAAAGUGUUUCAUUAUUGAAAUAAAAAUGUUUCUAGACGGUGGAAAAUAUGUUAUUAAUUAUUGUAAUUAAUUGAUUCAAAACAGUCUAUGGAGAACACAAUAGAAGUGACGUCAUAUCGAGGACCGACGAACAGUGCAAUUUCGUUAAUGUAAAAUGUGUAUAAUAUACGUUAGAUAGGUGAAAUGGAAUUACCGUUCUGUCGACCAUCGCAUAGUCUAGAUAAGUUUUGUAUAUAUAGCUCUAAGGUAAAUAUAUAUAUGACUUUAAAUAAUGGUGUUUGGUGUAAGAUAGGUACCUAUCCAGGCUUCUGCACUACAUUCCAAUAUUUAUUUAUAUGCAAGUGUCAAUUUAGCAUUUUUUUAUAUUAUCAAAUAGUUUAGCAAGCGUUGCCGUUUAGAUUUACUCGGAUUUAAGUUUAGUAUGGAAUAUGCGAUUUCAUGGUUUAAGCAACUUUUGUUAUGAGACCUCAUAAUGGCCCCUUUAGUAUCGUUGUCGCGUAUAUAUGUAUAAUUAUCUUGUAUCAUGGAAAAAUUACACCACGUAGGUACUACAUCACUGUUAUUAUCAACUCUAAUUAUUAAACUCAACUAUCGAAAGACAAACCUGUCAUUUCAAAAACAAUUAACUUCAUAUUUCCACAUAUAUACAUAUUGUCAACGCUUGCUAAGCUAUGAAAUCAUAUUUUAAUAAUUUUAGUUAUAAUAUUAUACUGUUGCUAAAUUAAUUCUUGAUCUUAUAAAUACAUAUUAAUGCCAUACUCGAAUCUUGAUAGGCUACUUAUAUUAUCAUCUGUUAGUUUCAGAGUUAAUAAAAUUAAGUAUUUACAAUAA